CUAUUUCGUUUCGAAGGCGGCUUUUUAUGCUGGUACGUCAUCAACCAGAGGGAUUGGUACUAAUUUUGGAUAUUUUAUUUUGAGCACUUCUUAUGAGUUAACCUUUCUUUCUACUAAGGACUCUCUUCCGACGUAGACAUCAUUUUCUCCUCCCUAGAACGUUUUAAACGGUAAAAAAACCGGAAAUAAACAGAGGCAAAAUAACAAAAAGGUUAUGUUCCGAAAUUUUGGAAUUACUUGUUGUGCAGCAUGUAUAAUUGUGAUUCUCUGUUUAUGGAUACCUACACCAGGUUCUGCUCUAAAAUGCCACGUUUGCAACUCGUUAGAUAAUGAAACAUGCGACGACUUAAAGGAUAACAGAUUCUUGGUGGACUGUUACACAGUCAACAGUAAUCCAGAAAGGAACCACAGUAAUUGCAGAAAGGAAGUUUUUUCUGCGUAUUCUGCAGCAUUUGGAAUGAACACUCAGAGGACAUUUCGUACUUGUGGAUAUGAAAAGCAUCCCAGAUUUUCUUGCUUUUACUCUUCCAAUAUCGAUCUGAAAGGUACAACUUGUGAAUGUACUGAAGACGGUUGCAAUGAGGGCAGCACAUUACAGUUUACAAUGCAAUCGUUUUGUACUGUAAUAUUUGGACUCUUCUUGUCAUUCAUUAUUACAUAGAUGAAUAAUAUCUUGAAAAAUGAUGUACGGGUCACAAUUUACUAAUAUUUGCAUUAAUUUUAGAUGAAUUUAAUGUAAGUAUUUAAAAACUUUUAACACGCAUAUUUUUACAUGUUUCUAAAGUUAGUUUUCAAAGCAAAAUAUUGCUAAAUUGCUACCAUUACUUAAUUUCUGAUUCUGAAUGCCAAUAAAUGAAGUUUAUAAUUCACAGACUUAAA